AUGAGAAGCAACCUUGCAGUUGGACUGGACACUGCGAAAGGAUUGUCACUUGGGUUGGGUGUCCCUUUUCUAGGCAUUCACCACAUGCAGGCUCAUGCAUUGACUCCCCGACUUGUCAAUGCUAUGCAUACGACAAACUUACAACCCUGUCCGAAGCCUGACUUUCCAUUCUUGACGGUCUUAGCGAGCGGCGGUCAUUCUAUGCUCAUCCAGUCCACCGGCCUUGUAGAGCACAGCAUUCUCGCGGAAACGCAGGACAUUGCUUUGGGAGACUGUGUGGACAAGUCGGCUCGAGCGAUACUUCCCCCUGAGGCCCUCAAGAUGCCGUAUGGAAAGGCUCUAGAAGACUUUGCAUUUCCAAAUGGAGCGCAAGACUACAACUAUGUUGCGCCUGCCCGCAGACAGGAGGAACUGGAGCGACGAAAGACGAAGUGGGGCUGGGGACUUGGACCACCUUUGGGUGAAAAGACGCCGAGACGAAUGGCUUACUCGUUCGCUGGUCUGCUCUCAUCUGUCCAACGUUUCAUGGUCAACAAGGUCGAUGCCGAAGGAACGCUUUUGAACGAACCACGUACUCCAGCAGACAUUUCAUUUGAAGAAAGACAAGAAAUGGCUCGCGAAGUUCAGCGCGUGGCGUUCGAACAUUUAGCCUCACGGAUCUUCCUCCACUUGUCCUCAUCGCACGCAGACAAUAUAAAGGCUCUUGUCGUCUCCGGUGGCGUGGCGUCAAACUCAUUUCUACGACACGUUCUGCGCGCAAUGCUCGACGUACGAGGUUAUCAACACAUCGCAGUGGAGUUUCCACCUAUUGAUCUAUGCACAGACAACGCUCUGAUGAUAGCUUGGGCCGCAAUCGAGAUGUGGAAUGCUGGCUACCGAUGCUCCUUGGACGUCGAACCCAUACGCAAAUGGUCCAUGGACCCCACUGCUGAGGAUGGAGGAAUACUUGGGCCACAUGGAUGGACAGUCGACGCACAAACGUGA